AUGGCGCCUUACAUCGAUAUCCAGUUUAAUACUAGAUUCAGUGAAUUAAGUGGAUAUAAUACUAACUACAGUGAAUUUAAUACUACUUUCAGUGAAUUAAGUGAAUAUAAUACUAACUACAGUGAAUUCAGUGAAUAUAAUACUAACUACAGUGGAUUCAGUGAAUAUAAUACUAACUACAGUGAAUUCAGUGAAUAUAAUACUAACUACAGUGAAUUCAGUGAAUAUAACACUAACUACAGUGAAUUUAAUACUACUUUCAGUGAAUUAAGUGAAUAUAAUACCAACUACAGUGAAUAUAAUACUAACUACAGUGAAUUUAAUACUAAAUUCAGUGAAUUAAGUGAAUAUAACACUAACUACAGUGAAUUUAAUACUACUUUCAAUGAAUUAAGUGAAUAUAAUACUAACUACAGUGAAUGUAGUGAAUAUAAUACUAACUACAGUGAAUUUAAUACUAAAUUCAGUGAAUUUAAUACUAACUACAGUGAAUUCAGUGAAUAUAAUAUCACAGUGAAUUCAGUGAAUUUAAUACUACAUUCAGUGAAUUACAGUGUUUCGGUUGCCGAGGUCAUUUCCCAGAAGGGUAAAUAUUUACAUGACUGCACAAAGAAGGAAAAAACGCUAAAGGACAGUCAUAAAGAGGGUAAAAGUCCACACUGA